CAUUCGGGACUUCGGGUAUACCACCAAGUUGAAGAAAUUGCAGUGUUCAACUGAGUUGCAAUGUUUGCUCCAAAAGCUUUGAUUUUGUUUACAAGAAAAUGGAAAUUGAAACCACCCAACACUGUUUUGAGCUUUUCUUCGUCUUCACAACACGUCAAGUUCAAAGCUCCAUUGGAUAUGGCUGCAAGAGACGGCGAACUUAGGGUUUUUCUCGUUGCCGGUGAAGUUUCCGGUGAUUCCAUAGCUUCUCGUCUAAUGGCUUCGCUUAAGCUCCUUUCUCCUUUCCCUGUUCGGUUUUCUGGCAUUGGAGGGACUAAGAUGAGAAGUGAAGGAUUGCAAUCUUUGUUUCCUAUUGAAGAUAUCUCAGUAAUGGGAAUUUGGGAACUAUUGCCACAUUUGUAUAGAUUCAAAGUGAGACUGAACGAAGCUGUAAAAGCAGCUUCUCUAUUUGAGCCUCAUGUUGUAUUAACAGUUGAUUCCAAGGGCUUUUCUUUUCGGUUCUUGAAGCAGCUAAGAGCUAGACACAGUCAGCAAAAGUUGCAUUGGCCAGCACAUUUUCACUAUGUAGCACCAUCGUUCUGGGCAUGGAAAGGAGGCGAAGAAAGGCUCGGAGGACUUGCGGAAUUUGUGGAUCAUCUGUUGUGCAUACUUCCAAAUGAGGAUAAAGUUUGUAGAUUGAAUGGAUUAUCUGCAACCUUUGUAGGGCAUCCUGUUUUGGAAGACAUUAUGGAGUUGAAUUUGAUAAACAGUCCCUCAAUCAAUGAAUGUAAGGCUGAAGGAAAUGGUGAAGACUUUCGAAGAAAACAUGAAGUUCCUCCAGGAGCCACUGUUAUUAGCUUGCUUCCUGGAAGCAGAGUACAAGAAGUCAGUCGGAUGCUUCCCAUCUUCGCAAACACAAUGGAACUACUGAAAGACAAUGUUCAACAGUUGAUGACAAUCAUUCAUGUUGCACCUAAUGAACAUGUGGAAAACUUCAUUGCCGGUGCUGUUCAUAGAUGGCCCGUCCCUGUUGUAUUGAUUCCUGGUGGAGCUACACACAUGAGAUAUGAUGCUUUUAGUGCUAGUAAAGUUGCAUUGUGCACAUCCGGGACAGUUGCUGUGGAGCUGCAGCUUGCACGUUUACCUUGUGUUGUGGCAUAUCGUGCCCAUAUUUUGACUGAAUGGUUUAUUAGGUACAAAGCCAAGAUACAAUACAUAUCACUUCCCAAUAUUCUUUUGGAUUCAGCCAUUAUUCCCGAAGCACUCUUUCAAUCCUGCAAACCGGCAAACCUAGCCCUAUUGCUCAAAGAUAUAAUACAUGAUCGUGCUUGUCGAGAAAAACAAAUACUUUCAGCACAAAAGUUCGUCAAGCUUUUAAUGCCUUCAGAUGGAAUAAACCAGAACCUUGCAAAGCAAAGUUUGAUGGGAAAAUGUCCUGAUUACAGUCCAAGUGCUGUUGCAGCAUUGACUAUAUUAAACUAUGGGAAGCCUGUGAUUCAUGACUAAUGAACAAGUUUAUGUAGCAUUGAGUUUUAUUACUACCGGGUUUAAGGUUUAGAAAUAUCUCAAUAUAAAAAAAAAACCACCACAUCGUGUCCCAAUAAUUUAUAAUUUUCAAUUAUUCUAUACUCUAUACUUCAUGUACUUUUUCUAUAGAAAAAUAAAUACUGUACGUACUUGAUAGUGAUUGAUGGCACUGAAACUGUCCACAAACUUGAACAUGCCACGCAUUUUUAUUUUUAAUUUUUAUCAAUACUUACGUCAUUUUAAUAUAUGACGAUAUAAAUCCACCAACUUGCAAGUUGCCAUGAAUAUCCAACCACCAAAACGUUCGCAUUAAUAUUCAACUAUACAAAACUAUUAUUAAAAAUCAACCAUGCAUUUUAUAAAAAAUAAAUAAACAACUAGAAAAAAAAAAUCCCAAUAGACAUCACUCAACUAUUUAGAGAAAUUCAAUGAC